UCAUCUCCCGAGUUAAAAAAAUGACCUUUUUACCACUUCCGGUAUUCAAUCUCGCUCCAGACCUCCUCGCGGAAAUCCCGCUGGUGAACACGUGACCACACAUCAACAUGGCUGCUUGUCGGCUCAUUCGCGAUGGGAGCUAGGUGCAGAGAAAAUCUACUAGUUUCCUACAAAAAUGACAUUUAAUUCACCUCCAAUUUUACACACAGCAAGAUGAAUUCAGGAUAUACAAUAGACGCAUUUCCUGUGCAUUUUCAAUGCGUCAUACGACCUCAGAGUAACCAAAGAUUGUGUUAACUAGAAGAGGAUAACAUUUCAUCUGAUUUUAAACUCUAUCGCCGAUACAUUUGGGUACUGCGUGUAGAAGUUUCACUUCAUCUUCAUAACUGCAUAAUUACAGAACAUUGACAAGUAUUUCAUCACUGAUACCAUGUCAAGAAAGCAUAGCACACUGCUGAAAGAAGAGGUGGAUGAUGAUGAAUCUAAUGGUGAUGACAAGAGCAAGAGAGAAAGCACACAAGAAGGUGAUAAAAGGAGAAAAGGAAAGAAAGGUGAACGCCUUGAAGGCUAUUACAACAGUAGUAUGAACAACUCUAAGGUUAAACCUGUCGUGGGUGCAGCUAUCAACCCUUCAGCGGAUGGCAUAACUUCACCUAACCACACCCAGCCCACCCAGGUCCUGCCCACUAUCCAGCCCCCGCCCACCCACCCGUAUCGGCAGCAAGGCCCUGCAGGGCCACCGGUGACAUGUCAAGCCCAACAGGGGUCUACAGCGCAGCAGGUUACACCUCAAGGCCAGCAGGGUUACAGUGGCGUGGUCAUGCCUGUAGCAAUAAACCAGCCUAUUCAACAGGUCUACCAGCCAAACCAUCCUCAGCACAUUCCGCCGCAAAACCCAGUGGCAACUCACUGGCAGCAACAGCAACCACUGCCUGUAAGGCUACCGCCCCCUCCUGGCCCCGCCCAACACCCAGUAGUGGCACCCCAACAGUAUCAAGCCACCCCACAACACCCUCAAGCCCAGUAUCAACCCUACCAGCCCCACCCACCACAGGGGUACUUUCCAGGCGUGCAUUACACUCAUGGAGUCCCAGGCCAGGUCCCUGGUGCUAUAGGUGCACCGUACAUACAUCAGCCAAGACAUCCCCAGCAUGUCCUAGUGCGCAGCCAGUCACUCCCAGAAGAGCCUGUCCCCCAAGGGCGGGGCCCACCCCCUGCACCCCAGAGUCCCCCAGGGCGGGGCCCACCCCAGGACCAGCAGAUGUGGGUAGCACAUCAGCCGCCACCACAGCCACAAGACCAAGUUGAAGGUAACUGGGUUGGUGAAAGUAAUGGUGCUGCGUCCCAGCAGACCUGGGUACCGGGUAGUACUGCCACCCAACACCCCAUGGAGAGCUACUGGGCAGCAUUUAGUGGCAGCCCCCCAACCCCUGAGAAACCCCAACAAUGGGACGACUCAUCAGACCACUCUGAUCACAGCUCAAGUGAUGAGGAACUGGACCGAAGCAGCUCACCUGUGCUGUGCGGUGAAGAGGGGGAGGGGCUUUUAAGGGCACCGUCGCUGACCAGUUUUGCUGAAAGCACAAGCAGUGUGGAAGAUGAGGGAGAAGAAGAUGUGUGGGUGAUCCAGCAUGAGCAAAGAGAUUACUACGCUACACAAUUUAGAAAACUACAGCCUGGGGAAGAUGGAGUCAUCAAAGGUCCUAAAGCAAGAGAUUUCUUCUUGAAAUCUAACUUGCCGACCGAAACUUUAUCCAAGAUAUGGCACCUUUCAGAUAUCAAUAAAGACAAUGCACUUCACCUGGAGGAGUUUUGUAUAGCAAUGCAUCUGGUAGUUGCUAUAAGACAUGGGCUGGACCUGCCCCCAACACUACCCCCAACGUUACUGAACUUUAGGGCCAGCGAGGAAGAGGAAGAUCCAUUCAAUGUUUCCAUGACAGCAGCCCCAACGUCACCAAGGCAAAAAGAGAACAGUGUUGGGGAACACAUAGAGGCUUCAAUUGAGGAACAGUCUCACUCCCCUCGUUCAGCCUCACUCAAAAGGGAACACAACCGACGGCAAGAUUUAUCUCGGCCGCGCUCCCUCUCAGACCCAAACUACACAGAGGAGCCUCAUGACCAUUCAAGGAAAAUCUCCAGCCCCGUCCCACCAACCUCUGGUACAACUCAACCGGAGGGUGCUUCAGCAAUAGUCCCACCUCUUCCGCUAAGCCCCGGUCCACACAUAGGCAUAGAGAGACCAAGAGCAUCAGCAAAGAUCUCCCUCCUGGAUAGUGCACCAGGCCAGCUGCUGCCACCACCGUCUGGGAAGUUUGCGCGUGAGGCCAUCAAAGAGUCAGACUCAGACUCUGAUACCUCUGACAGCUCACCCCCAACAUCACCCACACAACAGAGCCCUCUUGAGACCACGCCUGUUUUGCCGCUACCAGAGAAAGUCACCCCAGAGCCUGGUACAACAACACCACCCUCGCCGCCUCCUGACUCCCCGAAGAGUGUGGCACCUCCUGCGCUAAGGUCCACUGCAGAGAAGGUGGUCAUGAGACAACAACGCAAGAGUGGAGAGAGACCACGAUCAGCUGGUGAUGUCAAUCAUAUUGUCCCAAUGGAUGAUAGCACCCCUGGGUCGACCACGCCUAGUGAUGGUAGCCAGGGGUCCCACGGCCAGAAGGACCCACCUCCACCACCUCCUCCCAGGAACAAGAGGGGUCACUCUAGGUCCUCAUCACUUGACCUCAAUAAGCUAUUUGCUGCUAAAGCCAAGGAGGCGAAGGAGAACAGAGCUGCAAGCACAUCCUCUCCAACGUCCAGUCACUCGAGCCAGAACAGUGAGACAGUACUUGCUGAAAGACCCGACACCUCACAGAAACAUGAACCCAAAGGGGGGGCAUCCGAGGAGACCCCACGCUCACCAGUACAGGCAUCAGAAGAGCAGAAUUUUGCCGAUUUUAGCCGAUUUGAUAGUUUUGUUAACGCUCAGUCCAGCGAUGGCACGUCUUCUGGUCAGAGCAUGGUGAGAUCUCACCGGCGGUCACAGUCACUUGAUCAGAAUCUGGAUUUCAUACCCAAGCAACCAAGGAAAAACACUUUCGAAGGGAGCACUUCCCCUCGCGGAAACCAAGAAGCUUUACCUCGCCCUGUGCCCAGAGUGAAACCAGCAAGCCCACCUCCUGUUAAGCUGACAAUUCGAAGACCUGAUCGCAGCAGUGAAAAAGACAAAGAGAAAGAGAGAAAGCUCAACACAGAACCCCCAAAAGUCGUCGUCAAGCCUCUAACGAAGGAGAGCAAGCUCCAAACGUCGAUUCGUGACCUAAAGGAGAAGAACCUGGCUCUGUCACGGCUAAACAGCGAGCUGCAGCAAGAGGUUAAACAAGUUAUGGAAUGGAGGAUAGCUCUAGAGCUGAAGCUUGAACGCCUCAAGCCAUUCAACCCCAAAUAAGCACCGGCAAGCACUCACAUAAACCCGGGUGUUUUGCGGGCUUGCUGUGGUAUCUUCCAGAGCUUACCCGAGGGGAUCAGUUACCAUGGAGACAAGGAGCAGCUAUUCUUAACUGCGUCUUGUUGCCGUAUCGUAAAUACAGAUAAAACAUAUAGAUAUAGUACAUACAAGUAAUUUUUAAGGUGAGCAAAGCCGAACGGCAAUUUAUAGUGGGUAAGAGUUUGCCUAAAAAUUAAAUACUAGAAAAAUAAAGACAGCAUUUACAGAAA